CUCUUCCCUCCUCUCAACUGGACGGGAGGCGAGCUGUCGUGUAGCCAGCCGACUAGUUUCCGCCAUCGCAUGUUCUUCGUCUUCCAUGUUGGAGCUGCCCCUUGUCUGAAACACCCCCACGUCGGCUCACUUCAGGAAUCUCCCAUACGUUCGGACCGAGGAUAAAUCGGGCACCCCUUGCACGUAUCCCUUCCAUGUUUGUGAUUCUCCGCGUAACUCUCACUCGAUAUUUUCAUCCCUCUGACCUUCGCGCAAUCGCCUAGCAGCCAGAGAUUAAUUAGGGAGAACAGCCCAGCGUACUAUUUAACGCGAAACAAGUCCAGUUGACGAGCAAGCCGAUAUCAUGGCGCAACCAGGAAAUGCAGCAGCAGCCGCAGCAGCGCGCGUCUCUCACACGCAGCAGCAGCAGCAGCAAGGCAACGACCGCCGCGACAGACGCGCGCAGUCGCUAGAAGAGGCGCAGAGGAAGCGCGGCAGGGGCUCGGGUUGCGACUUCGACUCCACCUCCGAGUCCCGCUCCGCCAAGCUCGCUAAAAUUGGCGCCUGUUGCGCGCCAGCGAAUCACCAGACGUCCUCCUCCACUCACCCGUGCGCCUCCUCCCCUUGUUUCCCUUGCUCCCCCAACUCCCCCUUCCCCUCGUCCUCCUCCUCGUCUUCCUCCUCCUCGUCUCGUACCACCGAGAUUUUCGGCACGCCGACGGGGCGCGUAGAGGAUUACUUCGCGCUCGAGUCGGCGGUGCUGGGGUCGGGGCAGUUCGGCACGGUGCGCCGGUGCGUCGAGAAGGCGACGGGGACGCGCUUCGCGUGUAAGACUAUCUUGAAGAGUCGAUUAACUACCGAGUCGGAGAGCCAUGACGUGCGGCGCGAGGUCGUGCUCAUGCAGCGCCUUGCUGCGGGCGCGUCUUGCGGCGCAACUUCCGGCCCAGCUGGCACCGCAUCAGCCGCCGGCGCGAGCGGCUUUGGCGGGUACAAUCCGCAGCACGUAGGCACGGGCGUGGUGCAGCUGCGUGCGGUGUUCGAAGACGAGCGCGCCGUGCAUCUGGUCAUGGAGCUGUGCGACGGCGGCGAACUGUUCGACGAAAUCGUGCGACGCGGGCGACUGAGCGAGCGGGAUGCGGCGCAGGUGUUUCGUCAGAUAGUGUCGGCCGUCGCCCUGUGCCACUCGCGCGGCGUGCUCCAUCGCGACCUCAAGCCCGAAAACAUCCUCCUCUCGCGCGUCCCCGCUUUCGCCGCCUCCGCUCCCCCCGCAACUCCCGCCACCUCUCCCGCCGGUUCCGCCGCUGCAGCCACACCGUCCGCCGCCACUCCCGCCGCAGCCGGCGCGGGGCAGCGCGUCGUCGCGAAGCUGGCGGAUUUCGGGCUCGCGAUUCCGCUGAAACACGGCGAGCGCGCGCGCGGGGUGGCGGGAUCGCCCUUCUACAUCGCGCCCGAGGUCCUCACGGGCGAUUACUCCCUGGAAGCCGACGUGUGGUCGCUCGGCGUCAUCCUGUACAUUCUCCUCAGCGGCGCGCCGCCCUUCUGGGGCGCGACGGACAGGGACGUCUUUAUUAAGGUGCUGCGCGGCGCAGUUGACAUGAGUGGGGAGGAGUGGAGAGGGGUGUCGGAGGAGGCUAAGGGGCUGGUGCGGUGCCUGCUGCAGAGAGACCCGAAGAGGCGACCGGCUGCGGGUAAGAUUCUGACGCACCCGUGGAUCCUGCUCAACUGCCUGGGAGGGAGGAUCGUCAGGCAGCAGCUCGGAAAGAAACUCGUUCUUUCGACUGGUGCUGCUGCUGCUGCUGCUGCUGGUGCUGCUGUAGCUGGUGCUGGUGCUUCUGCUGCUGCGAGCUCACCUGUCGCUUCCUCAGCAGCAGCAGCAGCAGCAGCGUCAGCAGCAGCAGCAGCAGUGCCAUCAAUCAAAGUGGUGCGGCAGCAGCCAGUGCUGGCAGAAGCUCUGGCUGCGACUGCCAUCAGCCCAUCAGGCAUCCGCGUGUGAUGUGUUGAUCCAUCUCACUCUCCUCACAACCACUACUGCACCCACUCCUGCCAGCGUGUAACCUGCUCACUCCAGCACAUGCCUCUCACAACCCUCCGGUGGCUCCCUUGUGACUGGAUCUCCCAGUGCCACCACCCAAUAAAGGCUUCCCUGCCUCUAACCUCUCAUCGCAUGGCUGGACUCCCCGGAGCUCUCCUGGUGCUCCUCUCCUCGCGUGCCGCUCUGCCUCCCUCCCUUUUGAUCCCCACUCCUUCACCCACCGCUGCUCCUCUCUUACUGCUCUCGUCCCCAUCUACAUCAGCAUGCCACGUGGCAAUGCAGGGGGAUGCCAAGUCAAGCCUCAUCAGCACGGCCGCCAGCAGCCAACCCAACCCGACCUGCGCUUGCUGCCUCUGCGCAGCCAAGUGUCAGGGCGUGUGGGAGCUGCUCGGCUACAGUGUGCACUGAUCUACACCAAGUAUAUAUUUGCUCUUGGUUGGUGUGCAGUGUUACCUGGUUACACUGUGAGGCUUGGCUUGGCAUGUUACCUGCCACCAGCGCAUGUUGUGCAAGGAUUUCUAAUUGAUACAUGUGUGUUGUGGUGCCUAUGGGGCAACAUUUGGCUACACCACCUAGCUUUUGCGGUGCUAACCUGUUCUUUACUGCGAGUGCAAGUUUUCUAGUGUCC